CCAUUUUGAAACGGUGUUGUUCCAACGAUGCCAGCUCUAUUUACCUAUGCUCUCCGGUCGUGACAACUCCAAAGUGCUAUUCACUUGAUUUGUAUUACAUGCAAAGUAGUGAGGUGUUAGUCGCUAGGGGAGUAGGCCCUGAGACCAAAGGAACUCUUUGCAAUAUACCUCCCUGUUUUCGGCUUCAGUUAACAGGCUAGGUAACAGCAGCUCGCGGCUAACGCUUGCUAAUGUUCACGUAGGUGCAGCUCCGUUGCGGAAUCAAGUGGAACACCAGGAAGUGAUCAGAGAACAGUUGAACAGACUCCUAAAACAAGGAAAGCAUUUGUACCCGUUUGGGCGUCCGUGGGGUUAUUUUUGUUGUUUUUAUGCCCCUAGAAAAAGUUGAAAACAUUUUUUUGAAAAGACUGAUGCGUAUAUGGUAGCUUUUUACCUGGAUUUGAGCUUGCAUAUCCAUUAAGUCUUGGGAGUUUCACAUACUUUCAUCUGUCCGAAAGCUACACAAAUGGGCAUUUUCCAAAUGUAAAACUAAAUCAGGCAAUGGUAAAUUUAUCUUUAUAAUGAAUCACCAAUCAAGCUCAAUAGUUCACUAACCAGAAUAGAAAAUGACAGCAAUGUAACUAACACAGGUUUUGUUUUUCUUCAUUGUCAUGUGACUUUGAAUUGGCAAGCAUCGUUUCCUUGCAAUUUUGGCAGUAUUUUCACCAUAUUAAUGAGGUGAGCAGUGAGAUUCCUUAAAAAGACUGUGUUUGAAAUCUUUUUUUUCUUUUCUGCGUGUGAUUUACUAGUUUCAAAAAUGAUUCGGUAAAAGAAUUGAUGCCAAAACCUACUGGCCCACAGUGUGGCAGGACAACACUUGUUUCGUUCUCUCUAACUCUGUGUCAGAGUGGAACUGCUACGCAAAAGGUCCCUGGGCAGGUUGUCCCUGUGCAUGAGCAAACACGUUGACACGAACGCAACCUAGCUCUUCUGCACCAGUGGGACAAAUGACCUCUUUUCAGUAUCCUCUUUUUCCAGUCGACAAAGUCUGAUCAUGUUUCAUAUGUCCUAACAAAAUCACUGAGCAACUUCAGAAGCGUCUUGGACUUUAAAACAGAAUCACUUGGGUCCUGAUUUGCUCGGGAGCAUCUUGGAAAUCUUGUUCCUCGGAGACUGCUGCACUUUUGUUUGUGGGAAAUCCAUCCGCUUCCUUGUUUGGCCAGUUUUCUGGAUCACCAGUUCCAGAUCAUUCCUGCAACCAUUUGACCCAUCUUCCAGUGUUCCACCCUGGACGAAGCGAUCUGCCUCUGCGAAAAGGGGCAGCGCUGUCGUGGCGGAAGUUUAGAGGGGUAGUCAUUGUGCCACUCCCCGUCUGUCAAGGCUAACAGGCCUGAAGAACAGAGGCCCAAACGAACGAAGGGAGGAGGCCGAGGACUUCAGAGCCAUUGACUCUGGGAUCCUGGCCAUGAGGUUUGAUGCCUCAAUCCACUGACCAGAAACACUGGACCUAAAUGGCGCAGCAUGACUUUGUCCCUGCCUGGCUUAACUUCUCUACACCCCAGCCUGCCAAGUCCCCUGCUGCCACCCUUGAUAAACAAGGCGAGCCCCACCACCACAGGGAAAGCAGAAAUGCUGUGAGCCGCCGCCGCCACAACUCUUCCGAUGGCUUCUUCAACAAUGGCUCCUUGCGCGCUCCAACAGGUGAUGGUUGGCAGCAGCCCUCGCUCCUUCUGAGACAUGACUCUGUGGAUUCAGGUGUGGCCAAAGGAGGACACAGUGGUUUAGCAGGGGGCUCAUGUUGGAAGGAAACACCAAGCUGGCACGGAGGCCCACGGGGCGCCCAGGACGGCCACCACCACCAUCAAGGACGACACUCUAAAAGGGGAGGGGGUGACAGGGACAGGCAGGGAGGGCACAGGCAGCGCAAUGGGACCUUCCAUCCCCGGAAGGGCACCUCCUACCAGGACAAAUUUCCCAACGAAGAACGUAAAGACAAUAAGGAUGACAAGCUGAAGUUUGUGGAAGAGGACUUUCCUUCCCUAAACCCUGAAACAACUGGAAAGCCCGGUACUCAGAUGAGAGCAGUGGCUCCCCAUGCUGGAGUGUGGGAAAAUCCUCCAAGUGGCAAGCAGAUGGUAUCCAAAAUGUUAGUUAUCAAGAAGGUUUCCAAGGAGGAUCCCAGCACCGCUUUCUCUGCUGGCUUUGCCAGUGCCGGCGCAUUGCCUGCCAACGCCGCUAAAGCUCCCAUCCCGGGCUCCAGCGUCUACAAGAAUCUGGUCCCGAAGCCCGCUGUGGCCCCCACAAAAAGCACCCAGUGGAAAGCCGGCGCAAGGGAAAUUGCCAAGUCUGGCCGUGAUUCUGUCUUCACCAACCCCGUCUCCGCUGCUAAACCCAGCACCCCGGUCAGUGCCCCACAGCACAAUACCCCAAAGGAGAAUCCUUCCAGCACGACACCUCCCAUAGACAUUGCCCCGUCGAGGCUGAAACUGAUGCGCCGCGGUCCUGACCGAAAGAGUGACUUUUUGCGAGCACUGAAGGAUGAGGGCACUGGAGAAAUGACAACAAGCAGCAGCCCGGGAACAUCAGGAGAGGGUGAAAGCAGCACCCCAGAGCCCAAACCCUACAGCGAGGACGUCUGCCAUGAAAAUGGUCUGUCCUACUCACUCAGCGACUCUGACACAGAACAUCUGUCCAGCUCCUUGGAGGCUGAGCACAGGUUGCUGAAGGCGAUGGGUUGGCAGGAGUACCCGGAAAACGACGACAACUUCCUGCCUCUAACAGAAGACGAGCUGCGAGAGUUUCAGACAAAAACCGAGCAGCUGAAGAGGAACGGCUUGCAAAAGAACGGGGUUCUCCCAAGGGCGCGGGGUGUCACCCUCCACUUCACCCCCUGGAGGAGUGUAGCGGAGGCCCACGUGGAGGAGGGCUCAGAGUCAGAAACCAGUAGCAGCAGCCAGACCUCGGACGACGACGACUGCAUCAAAUCCUAACGUGGCUUUACAGAACAAAAAGAAAACGACGCAACAACCAACACAUCUCAAGCCACCUGCCCUCCUUCCUCUCAUCUUUGUUUUUAGAGCACCAUUUUGAAUUUUUUGAUUCUUUUUUUUUUUUUUUUUUUUUUGUUCUUGCACAAGGGAAAAACCAAUCAUAUCCCAGUGAAGGAGGAGAAUUCUGCUCUGCCAGACGUUGUUUUCCCUGCGUUUCCUCCUUCACUGCAGUCCUGCUCUCUGACCCAGCUCCCUCCUCCUUUUUCUUCCUCGCUUUGUGGAACUGAAGUGUUCAUCAAGAAAAAGGGCAAUGAAUGCACACUUGAUUCUGCUUUAAACAGACUAACUCAUUUCAUUGAUGAUGCUGAUGACACAUUAUUAAUGAUAUUAAUAAAAUUGGUUCCUGACAA